UUCGACCAUCCGCAUAAGCAAUCUGUCAUCUUGUAUAUCAGCUAUUUAACGAGCGAAAGGUUGCUUCCUCCCCUUCUUUCAGAUUAACAGCCACUGUCAAUACUCUAAAACCCACCAACAGUUGACUAUGACGACCGCCAAGCCCUUUGACAUCGUUGCCGCCGCGCGCAAGGAUCAGCUCAAGAUGCGUGACUUUUAUCUAGGCCUGUUCAAAGGCGUCCACUCUGAUGAAGUCAUCCUCGAAGCUGCCAAGACUUUUGCCCCUAAUUUCAAAGCAAUUUAUUUUUGGGGAGACGUCGUGGACGGGGCUGGCUGGAUCGAAAAGACAAAGUGGAUGCGCGAAAAUUGUCCGCAGGACAGUACCCAAAAGUGUAUCGAGUUGCAGUACGAGGUCGUGUGGCAGACUGAGGACCAUUGUCAACUCUUUUUCAAGGAAAGUUGGGGUGGUGAGGGUCAAGAUGGGGUUCUUGUCACUGAUUCGACGGCGGUGUACAGGAGGGACGCUUCAAAGCCAGACGGUGUCGCUUUGCUGUACUACCAAGAGACAAAGGUAGACGCAGAGACCACCAUGAAAAUGUGUUAGCUAGUUGGGUAGCUAGCUGACUUGAAUCAUAUUCCAUAUACCGAUUGCUGCUGUUCUUGUAAAUAUAUGCUCCAUAUCUAGUUGUCAUGUCCC